CCGGGCUUGUUUUAAUUUAAAUAUUUAUAGAAACUAUAGUACUUCAAAACAUUGUUUAUAAAGUAAAUCCUCAAUCGACAGUCACACAUAAAAUAUUUAAUAUAAACCAAUUUAAUAUAAACAUAUUUUUACAAAAUAGAAUAUAUUAAUAUGUUAAGCUUGUAGUGUUAUAGUGGUACUUAUUAUUAGGUACUUAAAUUAAUUUAGCUUUAUUUUUAUAUAGAUAAAUGAUAUAUUUGUUACAUCUGCUUUUUGCUUACUUCAAAGAAAAACACAAUCAACUUACGAAGUAAUGUUCAAAGCCAUUAUCUCUGAGUGUGAAAAGAGAGACAUUUUUCCUGAUCCAUCUCAUAUUCAUGUAGAUUUUGAAAAGGCCAUUAUUCAAGCUAUUCGUAAUGUUUUUGGUGAACAUUCAGAAGUUAAAGGUUGUUAUUACCAUUUAACACAAAGCACGCAUAGGAAAAUCCAGCAGCUUGGUUUGGAAAAUUUGUACCGUGAAAAUGAUGAGUUCAUGUUAUUUUGUGGACAAGUUGAUAGUUUGGCUUUUUUGCCGGUAUCUGACAUAUUUGAAGGAAUGUCUCAUUUACGUAAAAUCAUGCCCGAAGAAGCACAUGACUUGGUGGAAUAUUUUGAUCAAACCUACGUAAAUGGGACAUACAGACGUAUUGGCCAAGGAAAUAAAUUGAAAUUCCGAAAAGUACCACCUCUUUUUCCACCUGAAAUUUGGAAUGUACACGAAAGUACAUUACAUAAUAUCGAGCGUACAAAUAACCAAACUGAAGGUUUCAAUAAUCGAUUUUCUAAGUUGGUAAGCCAUAAGCACCCUUCUAUUUGGAACCUCAUUAAGAAAAUGACACUGGAAGUUGCAGCCGAUGAGACAAAACUCCAGCAACGGUUAUUAGGCACAGUGCAACCAAAAAAAAAACUUAAGAAGUAUGAAAAAAUGCAAUUCAAUUUAAAUAAAAUAUGUGAAGAGUAUAGAGAUAAGCAACGUGAUCUACCAAAUGUUUUAUUAGCCAUAUCUCAUACCACAAGGUUUACACUAUAAAUUAUAUUAUGAUAAAUUUAUGUUUUAUAUUGACGCAAUAUUAAUCCAAUAUGCAUUUAAUUUUAUACUUGAAAUUUUAUGUUAACUUAUUAGGUGUACAUUUUUGCUAUACUUAUACGUUAUACACUUAUGCCUGUAGGUACCUAUGCCUUUUUUUCAUUUGCUUUUUUUUCCUUGUGCUUUUAUUUCAUUUGUUUUUUUU